AUGGACCACAGCACCAUGGACCACGGCGACACGGACAGCUGCAAAAUCUCCAUGCUGCUCAACUACAACACCGUCGGGGCCUGUUUCGUCAGCAGCAGGUGGAAGAUAACAUCGGCUGGCAUGUUUGCCGGGUCGUGCAUCGGCAUCGUCCUCCUCGCCAUGCUGGUCGAGCUCCUCCGCCGCGGUGUCGGGGAGUAUGACCGCUUCCUGAUCAAGCAGCACGUCGCCAAGCACGCCGCCGCCGCCGCCAGGUCCGAGACCAGGAGCGUGCCCGGAGAUGGUACGGCGUCCAGGGCCGGCAAGGAGGCCGUCCCCAUCCCGUCGUUCCGCCCCAACCUCUGGCAGCAGGGCGUCCGAGCUCUUCUCCAUACGGCGCAGUUCACCGUUGCCUACUUCAUCAUGCUCCUCGGUAUGCUGCCCUCCCCCUUGCCAUGUACGGAGCGCGGUGAAGCUGACGGUCUUGUGUGGACAGCCAUGUACUACAACGUCUACGUCCUUGUCAGCAUCUUCCUCGGUAUCCUCGUCGGCUCCUACAUCUUCCAGUACGAAAGCGUCGAUGUCUCGUAUGUACUUACCCGUCCCCGAGGGAUCGGCUAG